ACCCCAAAUCUCACCUUCCUACUUAUAUCCUGCUUGCAACUCUAAUUCCCUUCUUUUUUUAACACUGACUUCAGCAGCAAAACCAAUUUGGGCUCGUCAACAAGAUCCAAGAGCGGAAAAAGAACACAAAGCUUGGAGAUCAAGAGGUGGGGCUGCUGGUCUCUCUAGCGCUGCUUCUUUGCUCCUUUCCUGUGGUUAAUUGGAUCACCACUUGUGCUAUCUCGAUUGGGAUUGAAUCGACCUGCAGACUCGGAUUGUGAAUAGUUCUAUGCAUGAAUUAUGAAGAAUAGGCCAAGAAGCAACUAAGUAAUUAAGCUAGGAGUUGUCAUCGGCGUGAUUGCGCGCUUCAAGAAUUUGUCAUCAGGAGAAGGAAGACGAAGAAGCGAGAAAUAGCAGUAGCUAGAAGCUGGCCAACCAGUGGUGGAACGAAGGGCGGCAGGGCCUCCCGGUACCCACGGAGGUGCCGCCGCUUUCCUCCUCAAGCCUCGACAAGGAGAACCAGCCGGGCCGCCAAGACAUGGUGGCGGCGUGCAAGGACGGGGAGCAGAGUCAGAGCGGCAUAGGUGGCCGCGACGAUGACCGCAAGAACGUCAACGGCGAGCCCAAGGAGUGCGCGGUGGUGCCCGUCAACCGGCGCCCGCGCGGCCGGCCCCCGGGGUCCAAGAACAAGCCCAAGCCGCCCAUCUUCGUGACCCGGGACAGCCCCAACGCGCUGCGCAGCCACGUCAUGGAGGUCGCCGGCGGAGCCGACAUCGCGGAGUCCAUCGCCCACUUCGCGCGCCGCAGGCAGCGUGGCGUCUGCGUGCUCAGUGGCGCGGGGACCGUGGCCGACGUCGCCUUGCGCCAGCCAGCCGCGCCCGGCGCCGUCGUCGCCCUCCGCGGCCGCUUCGACAUACUGUCCCUCACCGGCACGUUCCUCCCGGGCCCCUCCCCGCCGGGCGCCACCGGCCUAACCGUCUACCUCGCCGGCGGGCAAGGGCAGGUGAUUGGGGGCAUCGUGGUCGGCUCGCUCACGGCGGCUGGGCCGGUCAUGGUGAUGGCGUCCACGUUUGCGAACGCGACGUACGAAAGGCUGCCGCUGGACGAAGAAGCUGAGGAAGCCAUGGAAGGCUGGCCUGGCGGCGGUGUCCCUCCAAUGAUGGGCGGUGGUCUGCCCGAUCCAUCGGCGAUGCCAAUGUACGGGGGCGUGCCACACAACCUGCUCCUGCCUGGAGGUGGCCAGCUCGGCCAUGGCGCCGAGGGGAGUGGAUGGCCGCAGGCACGCCCGCUGUACUAGAGGAUCGGCAGUGAUCGGUGCAUAGCCAUGGCUGGCUAGCUUCAAGCCAUCUAUGAUGGCCAUGUUUGCAAGCAUGGAGCAGCCUAUAUCACAAUAAGCACAUGAAAAUUUCAAUUUCAGCAUAUGGCCGGAGUACGUAGCUAAGGGCACCUCCAGUGCUGGUUCGACCUUGAAAUCUACCUAAAAAUCUACCUAAGCCGAACAAAAGUAUGGUUCGCAUGCUCUACUGCUGCAUUCGACUGCUGCUCCAAAUGAAAUAAUAAAAAUUCAGAACUGGAUGAUGGUUGAGUACCUGUCCUGUAGGUGGAGUAUUUUAAUUGAGAUAGUAGCCCAUGGUUCGAAUAUUCUGCAGCCUUUGAUUUUUGUUCUUAGUUCGGUUUAGUCGAACCGUGCUUUUGCUCUAUUCGAUUUGGGAGCACAUUGGUAAGUACUGUAUUGUUUGUGUCAUAUAUAGGCAUAUAUAUUAAGACCUUGCAUGGUAAGAAAUUGUCUGAUUGUGGUA